AUGUCCAAGUCAUUUUCAAAGAAGGAGGUCGCGGAUCACAAGACCGAGGCUGACGGCAUUUACAUCAUUGUCGACGACGGUGUCUACGACGUUACAAAGUUCAUCGACGAGCACCCAGGCGGCUCCAAGAUCCUCAAGCGCAUGGCCGGAAAGGACUCGACGAAGCAGUUCUGGAAAUACCACGGGAAGAAUGUCCUCGAAAAGUACGGGCCGAAGCUGAAGAUUGGAACGGUCAAGGAGGAAGCUAAGCUGUGA